AUGGACAAUAAUUCAGUGACAAAUAUCUCGUCAAAUAUUAAUAACGAAAUCACAAAUUCAAUUGAAAAAUUCAAUCAAUUCGAACAAGACAAUGAUACUUUUGAUAAUUCAUUAAUCAAUAUUCAUCAUCAUGAAAAAUCAAUGAACCAAACGGAACAAUUAUUAUGCCAAGUGAUGAAUGAAAAUUCUAUUUUAAGAGAAAAUAAAACAAAAUUAGAAGAAAUAAUUAUAGAUAAAGAUAAUAUUUUAAAUAAAUUGAAUACAAAAUUUAAACAAAUUGAAGGAGAAAUAAAUAAAAAUGAUGAAAUAAUUGAACAUUUAAAAUCAGAUAACAUGAUUCUGCAUAAUUUAAUACAAUCUAUGAAAAAAGAUCAAGAAAUGUUUGACAUGGAAAAAGCAAACCUUACAGCAACAAAUAAACACUUGGAACAAGUGAUUUUAAUAAAAAUAGAAAAUGAAAAGAAAUUACUAGAAGAUAAUCAAAUUUUAAAUCAAUUAAUUCAAGAUUUAAAAGAACAAUUAACUAUGCAGUAUGCAAUGAAUGAAAACAAAUUGGAUAAAUUGAAUGAUUCUGAAGCCGAUAACAGUCAUUCCAACGAUCAUGAAUGUUCCAGUUGUGAGUAUUUACGGAAUCAAUUAAAUGCUUACAUUUAUUUAUACGGUGAAUUAAUUGAUCAGAGGAAUGUGGAAGAUAUUUCAAACGAUUGUUCAACUCACAAAUUAACUGAGAACAACAAGAUAAAUAAUACCAGAGAUAAAAUCAACUCAAAUCAAUUAUCGGAUGCUGAUGAUCAAUUGAAUGAAAAAAUUUAUUCAAACGAACAAUUCAUUAAAUCACAUUCAAAUGAUUUAUCAUUAACAGAAUAUUCCAAUUGUAAUGAAUCUUCAUCGGGAAACGAUCGUGUUCAUAAUAGUGAAAGCAAAUGCCAUCAUGCAAAAUGCAUCAAGUAA